UUCACCGCCAGCCAACACGCAGAUCAACAAACAUUGCCAACCCACUAGCAGAGCAGCAUCCAUUCCCAGCCAACCAGAAUAGGAAAACCCACCGUUAUGAAUGUUCUGGUCUUCACUGUGUUGUUGGUGGCCUUCACAGCAGCUGAGCAUCACAAACGCAAUGCUGAGCCGUUCUUUGGUUGGAGUAGUCGGAGUCGGGAGCACACUCGUCCCAACAGCUACUAUUACAGAGCCCCGAGGCCCCAAAAUGUGGGUUUCGGAAUGAGGAUUGGAGUUGGUGGAACCGGCGGGAUUCCUGUAUUUGGAACACGUUCGAACAUUGGCUAUGGCAUCCGUAGAGGUAGCCGCGAGUUCCGUCGCAGACAUCGCGAAGCCGAACCCGAGGACGGCUACGACUUCCGCCAGUUCUUAUAAAAGCGAUCAAUGGAUGAUGACGCGAUGCUGUGUGGACUGACGGACGUGUAUGCUCAAGCAAUCAUGAAACUGAUGCAUGUGUUUAAUAUAUCUGGAUUGUUGUAAAUUUCUCUCAAUAAUUGAUUAAAAUAGAGUAAAUAUUUGAAAAUUAA